AUGAGGGUUCAUCAUGACCGUAACGGGAGUUCCGCUAGAUGCUCUCUUGAAAGCAUUGAGAUGGACAAUGCGGUGGAAACCAGUGAGAGCUCCGCCCCGCCGCAUCCUAAUGACAUACCAUUGCCAUCGAGGCGGAACUCAAGCACGACGCGGAAGAGGAAUGUAUCGUACGGCGGCAUCCCUAGGAUGGAAAGAACGGCAUCCAGUGCCUCUCGAGGCCUCAUGAGCUUGAGGUUUCUGGAUAGGACAAUUACCGGGAAGGAAGGAGAUGCCUGGAGAUCAAUCGAGAAGCGUUUCCAUCAACACGCGACGAACGGCCAACUCUCGAGAGACAAAUUUGGAGUCUGCAUUGGAAUGGGAGAUUCCAAGGAAUUUGCAGGAGAGUUAUUCGACGCCUUAUCAAGACGGAGGAAAGUGAAUGCCGAGAAUGGAAUAUCAAUAGACCAAUUGAGACAAUUUUGGGAAGACAUGACGACUCGAGAACUCGAAUCCCGACUGCAGAUAUUCUUUGAUAUGUGUGACAAGAAUGGUGAUGGGAGGCUAACUGAGGAUGAGGUAAAAGAGGUGAUAGUGUUGAGCGCCGCCUCGAAUAGGCUGUCAAAUCUCCAGCAGCAAGCGGCAUCUCACGCAUCUCUGAUCAUGGAAAGACUUGAUCCCGACCAUCAAGGAUACAUCGAGAUGUGGCAAUUAAAGACUCUCCUGAGAGAAAUGGUGAACCCUGAUCAAAGGAGCAAGUCGUCAGUGAAUUCUCAAAACCUGACCAGAACCAUGCUUCCCAAAGGAUACAGAAACCCAAUGAGUCGGCUCGUGCACAAGAACAUCGAAAGGAUCCAUGACAAUUGGAGGCGAAUAUGGGUCGUCGGGCUGUGGCUGGUCGCAAACAUGAUCCUCUUCCUUUGGAAGUUUAACAAAACGAGGCACGGCCCCGCCUUUGACAUCACGGGCUAUUGUCUUUGCUACGCCAAGGGCUCUGCCGAGACACUCAAUCUCAACAUGGCUCUCGUCCUCCUCCCCGUAUGCAGAAGAACUCUCACGAAGCUACGGUCGUCCUUCCUUGGUACCUUCAUACCAUUCGACGACAACAUAAACUUCCACAAGAUAAUCGCGCUGGCCAUAGCUAUAGGAUCUGUCGUUCACAUUGCAAUGCAUUUUAUGUGCAACUUCCCCAGGAUAACUUCCUGCCCAAAAUCACAAUUCAAGCAAGUGUUUGGCCCGUACUUCCAUAAUAGGCAACCUCAUUACAUCGACUUGGUCAAUAACUUGUCCAGCACCACCGGGGUUCUCAUGUUCAUGAUGAUGGCCUUCUCUUUCACACUGGCGACUCAUUGGUUCAGGAGAAACAUCAUCAAGCUACCGUGGGGGCUCCAUCAUUUAGCAGGAUUUAAUGCCUUCUGGUACGCACAUCAUUUGCUAGCCGUUGCCUAUGUCUUCUUCAUACUUCACGGCUACUUCCUCGUGAUCAGUCGACCUUGGUACACGAAAACGGCAUGGAUGUAUGUGAUGGUCCCAAUCCUACUCUACACAAGCGAGAGAGCAUUCACAUCUGCUUCUGAACUCCAACAUCGAGUUGAUAUCGUUAAGGCCAUUGUUUAUUCUGGAAACGUCCUUGCAUUGUACAUGAGCAAGCCUCCAGGUUUCAACUACAACAGCGGAAUGUACCUUUUCGUCAAAUGCCCUGAUAUAUCAAAGUUCGAAUGGCAUCCUUUCUCCAUUACUUCCGCACCGGGAGAUGCCUUCUUGAGUGUUCACAUGCGAGCCUUGGGCGAUUGGACUACAGAGCUCAGGAAUAGAUUCGCCGAGGUUUGUGAGCCACCAAGUAAAAAACCAGGGAAGGGAGGUCUAACGAAGAUGGCCACGAGAACAACCCACAACUUGGAAGAGUUACAAGAGAAGUUUCCAAAGAUUUUCAUCAAGGGGCCAUACGGUGCUCCGGCUCAGGACUACGAGAAGUAUGACAUCCUCCUACUCAUCGGUCUUGGCAUCGGAGCGACUCCUUUCAUCAGCAUCAUAAAAGAUAUCCUGAAUCACGUCAAGUUGAAUAAGCUCCAAGCAGAUUCGGAUCAAGAUCAAUCAUCAGGGGCAAGAAAAGGUCCUAAAAGAGCAUACUUUUACUGGGUUACGAGGGAACAAAACUCUUUCGAGUGGUUCAAGGGCGUCAUGGAUGAUAUUGCAGAAAGAGACGAUCAUAAUGUAAUAGAGAUGCACAACUACCUGACCUCUCUAUAUGAGGAAGGAGAUGCGAGAUCAGCACUCAUUGCCAUGGUCCAAAAGUUGCAGCACGCGAAGAAUGGUGUCGACAUCUUCUCGGAAAGUCAGAUAAAAACUCACUUUGCGAGGCCUAAUUGGAGAAAGGUGUUCUCUGAAAUUGCAAUGCGGCACAAGUCGUCUCGUAUAGGUGUUUUCUAUUGUGGGAGUUCGGUGCUCACCAAAACACUGAGGAAGCUAUGUCAAGAACUCAGCCUAGAGUCGUCAACUCGCUUCCAAUUCCACAAGGAAAACUUUUAG